AUCAACCGUAGGCGAAAAUCGUUCUAUCAACGCGUAGCAGGUUGCCAGUGGACCAGUUCCGAAUCAUCAGCCCGCAGCUUAAUCUCGCAGAGCCUGCCAGCCAAGCCGAUCAUCCUACUUGCCGCCGCCAAUCGUGAAGAGAUGUUUGCCCGUGCCGUGAAAACUGCCGCCUGCCAGGGUGCGAAGAAUUUCUCCACCUCGAGCCAGAACAAUGUUAAGGUAGCUGUGUGUGGAGCAUCGGGCGGUAUUGGACAGCCUCUGUCGCUGCUACUGAAGAACAGCCCACUGGUGACGGAACUGUCGCUGUACGAUAUUGUCCACACACCUGGUGUUGCUGCGGAUUUGUCGCACAUCGAAACCCAGUCGAAGGUGACUGGAUACAAUGGACCGGAAAAUCUGGAGAAGGCUCUGAAGGGUGCCGACAUCGUCAUCAUUCCGGCCGGUGUGCCUCGCAAGCCCGGCAUGACCCGUGACGAUCUGUUCAACACAAAUGCUUCGAUUGUACGCGAUCUGGCUGCUGGUUGCGCCAAGGCAUGCCCGAAAGCGCUCAUCGGUAUCAUCUCCAACCCGGUCAAUUCGACUGUUCCGAUUGCCUGCGAUACACUGGAAAAAGCCGGGGUGCUAGACCCACGCCGUGUUUUCGGUGUCUCCACGCUGGAUAUUGUACGUGCGAACACAUUCGUUGGUGAAGCGGCCGGUGUUGACCCGCAAAAGAUGAACGUUCCCGUUAUCGGAGGACAUUCGGGUGUUACGAUCAUCCCGGUGCUGUCACAGACAAAACCCGGGGUGAACUUUCCACAGGACAAAAUCACCGCCCUCACGGAACGCAUUCAAGAGGCAGGCACGGAGGUGGUAAAGGCAAAGGCCGGUGCUGGAUCGGCCACGCUUUCGAUGGCAUAUGCUGGUGCUCGGUUUGCGCUCGCGCUUGCACGUGCAAUGAACGGCGAACAGAACGUCAUCGAGUGUGCGUACGUUCGAUCGGAUGUGACUGAGUCUAAGUACUUUGCGACUCCACUGUUGCUCGGAAAGAAUGGGCUGGAGAAGAACUUGGGCCUGCCGAAGCUGAAUGCGUUCGAGCAGGAGCUGCUUAAGAAGGCUAUCCCAGAGCUGAAGAAGAACAUCCAGAAGGGAGAGGAUUUCGUUAAGAAGAACUAAAUUCAUUCAUGGAAAACGCGUCAAAUGUGCUAGCUACGU